AUGUUAAAUAUAAAUGUUGACUGUAAAUGUUUGGGAAAUAUGCUAAUGAGGCCACGCCCCUCACCGAAUAGAGCGGUCCUUGUUCAGACGAAAGUUGAACCUUAAUCAUGGCAAACUCUUUGAGACCUGAGGAUAUUGAAAGGGCCGUUGUUUCAGGAGUGCGAGCUGCAUUGCAAGGUGUCCUGGCACCUACACCUGCUGCUGCAAAUCUGGUUAACACAUCAUCACCAUCCACAAGUUCUGCCGCUUCACACAGACCGGUCAACACUCUGCCGCCACCCAUAGCAUCCACAAGUUCAGCCACAUCUGCAGGGGCUGGCACAUCCCAGAGAUUGGUUGGAACAACCCUAAUUUCCAAAGAGGACAUUGAAAGAUUAAUAUUCUUGGGGACAACACUCUCAGAAACGGCAUCAAUCUUGGAAAUAUCAAGACCAACGUUGUACAAGCUUAUGAGAGAGUAUGGCAUAAAACACCAAAAAUUCAGUGACAUUUCCGAUCAGGAACUGGAUGAAGUAAUUCGUGCAAUAAAAUCAAAUCACCCUCAUGUUGGAGAGGUUAUGCUCAAUGGACAUUUGCGUGCCAGGAACAUCAUAGUUCAAAGACAUCGUCUCAGAGACUCAGUGCAAAGGGUUGAUUUUGCUGGAGCACAGUCUAGGAGAACAUCAGCAGUGCAAAGAAGAACAUACUCUGUCCCCUUUCCAAACUAUAUAUGGCACAUUGACGGCAACCAUAAGCUCAUAAGAUGGAAAUUAGUCAUUCAUACCGCAAUUGAUGGGUACAGCAGAUUUUUGACUUUUCUGCAUUGUUCUAACAACAAUCGUGCUUCAACUGUCCUGGAUCUAUUUAGGAAAGGUGUGAACAAGUUUGGAUGGCCUAUGCACAUAAGAACUGAUCAUGGAGGGGAAAAUGUUUUGAUUUGGGAGGACAUGAGAGUGCACAAAGGAGUAAGUUCUGUGUUGACAGGGAGCUCUGUUCAUAAUCAACGUGUUGAGCGAUUUAAUCGUGAUUUGAACUGUAACUGCCGAAACGUGUAUGCGCCCAUUUUCUAUGAGCUAGAAUCCCUGAACAUGCUGGAUGUAGACAACCGGACUGAUUUAUUUUGCCUCCAUUAUGUAUACAUUCCCAGAACCAACUGCACUCUUGAGGAAUUUCAGGCAGCAUUCAACAGUCAUUCCAUCUCCUCUGAGGGAAACAAAACCCCUGUUCAUCUUUUCACCCAAAACACUUGUUUUCCAAUGCCGAAUUCUGCAACUUCUGCUUCGGUAACUGAGAGAAGCCCAGAAUCAUGACAAAGCUCAGAUUACCUCUUCACACCACUUACUGAUCAAGACUUGCAAGAACUGUCUGCAAACGUGAACCCACUAGAAAAUGAUGGAAACCAAGGAAAAACACUGUAUCAGAAAGUGCAAGAAUUAAGAAUAAAUAAUAAACUAGCUACUGGGUAGCACUGUUGAAUGUUUUUGACAUCUAUUCAAGUUCACUGAUAUUGUGAUUAAAAAAAUAUCACCA